GUGGGUUUUUCUGAUGCCUGGAAGUCGGUUUGUUUGCGAGUUGAUAAUUCUAUUUGGAUGAACUCCCUUUCAGAUCGGAGUCAUGAGGAUGCAGCAGUAAGGGCGCACCCCAACGCUUUCGGCGACACUAGGAUCAUUUGGCUGGCGGCCGUGGCCGGCGGGCUGGCUCCUCCCCCUCCUGGCGGCAGCGUGCGCUCCCAGCCGCCGCCCCCGGGUGCCCCACGCUCGCCCAGCUUGCGCACCCGAGCCCAUGCCCCCAGUGCUACGUGGCCGGUCAGCGCCAUGUGCGUCCAGCAGACCAUGGAGACGGGCAAACACCACAAUGCAUCGGAUAAGGGUCAGGGGCAUGGACAUGGCGUGCGUGGUGUUGGGGUGCCACUUGAACCCUUUGUCCACCAGGUGGGCGGCCAUACCAGCAUGAUGCGCUACGAUGACCACACCGUCUGCAAGCCACUCAUCAGCCGUGAGCAGCGCUUUUAUGAGUCUCUACUACCUGAGAUGAAAGAGUUCACACCAGAAUAUAAAGGUGUGGUCCUGGUGUGUUUUGAGGGCGAUAUGGACGGCUACAUUAACCUAGUGGCGUACCCUUACGGGGAGAGCGAAGGCCUGGACCACGAAGAGCUGCCUGAGAGGGACCAACCACGGCGGAAACACUCGCGCCGCAGCCUGCAUCGUUCCAGUAGUGACCAUAAAGAGGAAAGAGCGGCCCAGGAAAGUGACAGCAGUGACAAUAUACAAGAGCUGAAGAGUCCACGCCUGGACUUGCAGAUCUACUCUGAUGUACCCUUCCAAAUGCUGGAUGGCAACAGCGGCCUGGGCUCAGAAAAGAUCAGCCACAACCCCUGGAGCCUGCGCUGCCACAAGCAGCAGCUCAGCCGCAUGCGCUCCGAAUCCAAGGAGAGGAAGCUCUACAAAUUUCUGCUCCUCGAGAACGUAGUACAUCACUUCAUCUGCCCCUGCAUCCUGGAUCUGAAGAUGGGCACGCGGCAGCACGGCGACGACGCCUCCGAGGAGAAGGCCGCUCGUCAGAUGAGGAAGUGUGAGCAGAGCACCUCUGCCACACUGGGCGUGCGUGUGUGUGGGAUGCAGGUGUACCAGAUGGACACGGGCCACUAUCUCUGCCGCAACAAGUACUACGGCCGAGGCCUGUCAAUCGAGGGCUUCCGCCAUGCACUCUACCAGUUCAUGCACAACGGUGCUGAGCUGCGCCGGGACCUUUUUGAGCCCGUCUUGAGCAAGCUGCGCAGCCUCAAAGCCGUGCUCGAGCGCCAGGCCUCAUACCGCUUCUACUCCAGCUCUCUGCUCAUCAUCUACGAAGGGAGGGAACCCGAUCGUUCCGAUGCAUCUUCCGAGAAAGAGAUCACCGCAGGGUGCCAGUCUCUGCCCCCAGACCCGCCUCCUGCCCCAAACAUCGAUGUGCGCAUGAUAGACUUUGCCCACAGCACCUUCAAAGGCUUCCGGGACGACCAGACGGUGCACGAUGGGCCUGACCGGGGCUACGUGUUCGGACUCGAGAGCCUCAUCAAGAUUCUCGAAGGGAUCCGUGAGGACAACCAGUAGUCAAAACAGCGCUUUUGCCUCUACGUUUUUCUUACGAUCCCCACUUCCUCCCUCAUCCUCAAUUAUUUCUGUACUGUCUACAUGGUGGCAGUGAUGAAACUGACGUUUCUGUGAAUGGUGGCACUUGGAGACGUGCUGCAAGCGGGGAGGCGUGGCCUCUGCAUCUUUCAGCCAUCAGCACUUGGAGCACGAGGGUGGCGUUAUGAAGCUUUUCUUAUGGGAGGGGAGAUCGGAGGUGACCUCUGGCUGGGUCUUUACUCUCACCCCACCCCCCCUUCAGAAAUGGCAGGAACGGUUCCCUGAAAAAGGAGCCGGGAUCAUUUUGUGGAUUCGUCGCCACCGUGUGGCCAUUUGAGGUUUUGCAGUCAGAAAAGAGAAGGCAGCCGCAGCUCAGGGCAAGUCCAGGGUCAGGUCCUCUUUACGUUAUUGGGUCGGUGGAGGGAGUGUGUACGAGUGUGUGUGUUUGUGUGUGGAGGAUAGUAAUGUUUGGGGAAUAGAUCCCCACUGCAGUAUUCCUACAGGGGCUCAGAAAAGGGAGCAGUUAUGAAAGCUUUACUGUAAAAUAAGGGUGGAAGGCUUACUAGCCCCCCUUGAUGAUGAUAAAUAAAAAGGUGAUUCCCACCUAGUACUAUCAAAUACCAUCCACAGCCUAGCUGUGCACACCCAAUCCUGUUUGAGGUCACAUGCUUUUUAAUAUAUAUAUAUAUAUAUUUUUUAUUUAAAAAAAAAAGUUAUUUCUGCAGUUAUCCACUUCAGUUAGAGCCAACAUUGCAUUUUGUCAUUUUAUUCAUUUAUUUUUGCUUUUUCUUUCUUUCUUUUGUAUUAAAUUCCUUCCUUUUCUGGUUUAUGGUAGUACUGCGAGUCCUAGGUUAGUCUGUGGGACAGUGUGUAUAUCCGUAGACACCAUCUUGUUCUCUUAUUUGUCUCAAAUAUGGUUAUGCUGAAAGAAACCCCUUCCUAUCUUUUGCACUGUAGAUUUGGAUUGUGUUCUAAAAGCAUCCAGCAUGGUUCUUCGAUCCCCUUCUUCCACCCUCACCUGCCAUUUUAUUCCUGGUUUUAGGACUGUUGAAUAAAUUAUUCACAUGUUCAGAGUAAACUGUCCAUCAGCACAUGUAGCAACACGAUUAGAGACCACCACCUCCUCUUCCCUUUUUGCUCGUCGUGUCCCCUUUCCCGUCACCACUCAGUUAGGGUGUAGUGUAUGUGUAGAUGGAGCUAUUAUAGCCGUCAUCCUUUUUGGUGAUCAGUGGUUUCUUUCCCCUCCCUGGCACACGACAGACUCCACUUUAUCUAGAUCGUCGUCUCUGUGUAAUCGGAUGCAAUGCGUUGUCCUGCACAUGCGUACUGAUAUUAUUGCAAUUAUCAGUGUAGUACUGCUGUUCUGUUGUGAUCCCCGACCUGUAUAGGGGCGACGCCUCUUUGUAUUGUAAUCAAGAAUUGAGUGGUCAUCAUUACUAUUGAGUCUAGACUAGAUUAGAUCCUCUGUCCUGCUCUGGAUGUCACAGGAAUGGCCACCGUUUCUGCUCCGUCUUUAGGACUCUUUCUUUUUGUUUUCAUGCACUACGGAAAGGGAAAAUGCACACUGAAACUGUUUCAUCAUUUGUCCAAGUGCAAAGCAUAAAUAGGUGGGUUGCAUCUGAUGUCGCAUCCGCCUCAUUAUAUAUGCAAGACAUGAAGUGGUGGUCAGCUAAGAUCACGAUUCACAAAGCGUUACUAUCGCUGGGGUGUUCAAAUGCCCUACGCUUUUGUUUUGGGCUGCUCGAAACAAACACACUGUGGAGCUGAUAAGUUCCUUCUAGGUUCCCUGUGAAGUGAUAAAGGGUAAAAGAGCAAAGCAUUUUAGCAAAAGACUGUGAGAAAGGUGGCUCUUGAACCUCAAAGGGAGCCGAGUCAAAGAACGCUCAAGUUUGCGCUGAUCGCUUCGUGAAAGGUUUGUAAAUUUCCGUUUCCGGUUGAGAGUACGCUGUGCGCGUUCUGGCUGCCGCUUCUCACCGGAGCUUUUAAUUUAAUUUAAUUUAAUUUUCCUUUUUUGUUUGUUUUUCUUUUUUGUGUGUGUUUGAGUGUUUCGUCCGCUGGUUGUGGUGUAGCUCCAGACCCAGUUUUGGGCGUCUGUUCCCUCCAGGUCUUGGUUCGCUGUUGGUGAUGCCUGUGCUCCUCGCUAUGGACUGCAGUAAGCUCGUCGCUCUUUUAACAUCGUGGUUGUCCAGCGCUCUGUGCAGCGGUGCUUUUGUGCUUGGCGCGGCGUUCCAAGCGAUGUGGCUGUGCAGGUGGUUUGGGACAUGGUGGUGCUUCUGUGCUCGCUUUAUGGAUCCAUGGCGUGAUGUUGCCCGGCAGCGUCGCGGCGGCUGUGCAGGCCGUGUGGGAUUUAUUUUCGUGUGCCUUUUGGUGGGACUGUGGCAGCUACGCCACUGGAAUGACAUCCUGACCUCCUUUUGGUGGACUUUUAUUAUUAUUAUUAUUUUUUAAAUUGUAAAGCGAUCUUGGGUAUGAGAAAGGCGCGAUAUAAAUUCAACUGAUUAUUUUCAAUUCCCCUGAUUUUUUUAAAAUUUUGUUUGGAUUCGCAAAUCACUUUUCGCCAUUUUCCGUUAUUUUGUGACGUGUUGAAGUUCAGGAGACGCUCAAGUCCUCAUGUGUUUUUGUUUACUGUUUGACCGUGGUCGCCAUAUUGUAAACUAACGCGCACGUUUUCACUUUCUUUAUCAGGACGUCCUAACAAUGUUUACAAGGCAGUGAUGUAGACUGGGCUCCGACACUGAACUAGAGAGAUAAGAUAAUCGAGACGGUCCACGUAAACCCAAAAGCAGAGCUCAUGAGUUCACAACACGAAACCGCUUCCCCGGCCGUGCGGUUACAGAGAGCCGUGAUGACUUCUCCGUCCUGUUUCACCAAUCCCCAGGUCUUUCUGUGGAUGUUUUGUGAAUGAUUUACCUGGAAGAGAAGAGCACGGAGGAUUGAGAAUCGAGCAGCUGUGAUGUGUUUACACUUGAGCCUAAUUCUUGUAGCGUCCGAGCAACCGUCGUAAAGAUGUGUACAAAAAUGCCGACUUAGCCAGGCAAAAACGAUACAGGAUUUAUCUUGUAGUGUCUCGAUCGCCAGAUCUUUAACCCAGCCACAUUUUAAAAAGUUGUUCGCUUUCAUGCUCUUCCAGGUUUUCGUCUGCGUCGAACGAUGUCUGCAGCACCAGGUAGUUUGAGAUGUCGGGGAACUCAACGUAUGGAUAGUUUUCCAACUCGUAGGAAAAAUACUUCUUUAUUAGCAUGUUAGGAUCGAUUCCAUCACAAAGAGCAACUUUCUGAAGGUAUCUUGACUGUGCAUUGGCCUCUAAACUGUGAAAACAGUCGGAGACUUGUCACUAGCUCUCUGCAUCACGGCGGCCACAUCGGUUUGCCUGACCACCACUUCAUUCACUGGAAAUAAACUCGCAAGCAAAAGUCACAUGACUGAAAGAAUACAACCUAUACUGCGAGUGUCAACUACGUAUCUUCAUAUACAAUAACUGACCGUUUUGCUGUGCAGGCACUCAGAGCAGUAAGAAAAAAAAAAAAAACAAGCCAGGAUUUACAAGACGGGUGUGGAUUUCUGUCCUGUUUGUGCUUUGUGAUCAUGGUUCCAAAAUCGAGAUCAGCUCUCUGACACAUACGUGUGUGUGUGUGUAUAAAUACUUACCCAGGGUUCAUGUUUGUCCAGCCUUUCAAUGUUCGAGAGCUGACCAGGAUACGAAGGUUUAAAAGCGGUCGUUAAUCAUUACCCUGCUGCUUUGAUGAGUGCGGUUCCCGUCUUCUCGAGCGUAACAAAGUCUGUUCUGUGCCAGGGCAGGAGAAAAUGCUCACACGACUUGCGGAAAAUCAAAGUUGCUGUCUUUCGUGUCCGGAUGAAAUCACAAACAGGUCUCCUCUGUGGUGGAUGUUCUUAGUCUCUCCAUAGAUAUGAGAUCGUAUGAGUAGAGAGGAAAAAAAAAAACCUUAUCCCAAAAUAAGUAUGUAUUUCUCCCUUUCUUGUUGCAUGGGUGGAUAUUUUUUUAAGAAAAAUAUGACAUCUUUGAAUGUGAGUUAUAAAUCAUUUAUUUAAGAAAA